GGCGGUGACGGUCGCUGAGUGAUAACGUACAUGCUCGGGACUCGGGCUGUCAGUCAGAGCCGCCAGAUCCCCGUGGAGGGGCCCGCCGGGCCGGCGCGGCCAUGGCGGCCGUGUUCGAUCUAGACUUGGAGACCGAGGAAGGCAGCGAGGGCGAGGGCGAGCCAGAGUUCAGUCCUGCGGACGUGUGUCCCCUUACCGAAUCGAGGGCUGCCGGCCUGGAGCCCGUGGGACACUAUGAGGAGGUGGAGCUGACCGAGACCAGUGUGAACCCGGGCCCUGAGCGCAUUGGGCCGCACUGCUUUGAACUGCUGCGGGUGCUGGGCAAGGGGGGCUAUGGCAAGGUGUUCCAGGUACGAAAAGUGCAAGGCACCAACUUGGGCAAAAUAUAUGCCAUGAAAGUCCUGAGGAAGGCCAAAAUUGUGCGCAAUGCCAAGGAUACCGCACACACACAGGCUGAACGGAACAUUCUAGAGUCAGUGAAGCACCCCUUUAUUGUGGAACUGGCCUAUGCCUUCCAGACGGGUGGCAAGCUCUACCUCAUCCUGGAGUGCCUCAGUGGUGGUGAGCUCUUCACACAUCUGGAGCGAGAGGGCAUCUUCUUGGAGGACACUGCCUGCUUCUACCUGGCUGAGAUCACACUGGCCCUGGGCCAUCUCCAUUCCCAAGGCAUCAUCUAUCGGGACCUUAAGCCUGAGAACAUCAUGCUCAACAGCCAGGGCCACAUCAAACUGACGGAUUUCGGACUCUGCAAGGAGUCCAUUCACGAGGGUGCCGUCACUCACACCUUCUGUGGCACCAUUGAGUACAUGGCCCCUGAGAUCCUGGUGCGCAGUGGCCACAACCGGGUGGUGGACUGGUGGAGCCUGGGGGCCCUGAUGUACGACAUGCUCACUGGAUCGCCACCCUUCACUGCAGAGAACCGGAAGAAAACCAUGGAUAAAAUAAUCAAGGGGAAGCUGGUGCUGCCUCCCUACCUCACCCCAGAUGCCAGGGACCUUAUCAAAAAGUUUCUGAAGCGGAAUCCCAGCCAACGGAUUGGGGGUGGCCCAGGGGAUGCUGCUGAUGUGCAGAGGCACCCCUUCUUCCGGCACAUCAAUUGGGAUGACCUCUUGGCUCGCCGUGUGGACCCUCCUAUCAGGCCAAGUCUGCAGUCAGAGGAGGACGUGAGCCAGUUUGACACACGCUUCACACGGCAGACACCGGUGGACAGUCCUGAUGACACAACGCUGAGUGAAAGCGCCAACCAGGCCUUCCUGGGUUUCACCUACGUGGCACCCUCAGUCCUGGACAGCAUCAAAGAGGGCUUCUCCUUCCAGCCCAAGCUGCGCUCCCCCAGGCGCCUCAACAGCAGCCCCCGAACCCCCAUCAGCCCCCUCAAGUUCUCCCCCUUUGAGGGGUUCCGGCCCACCCCUGGCCCACCAGAGCCCAUGGAGCCACCUCUACCUCCACUGCUGCCGCCGCCGCCACCACCGAUCUCGAGCACUGCUCCCCUCCCCAUCCGUCCCCCCUCAGGGACCAAGAAGUCUAAGAGGGGCCGAGCUCGCCCUGGGCGGUAGGAAGGGGGUGGGGCACUGGCAGCACUGAGGCCUUCCCUGCAGCUGGACUGGCUGUGUCUGCGGGGAGCAGGUGCCUCUGUCAGGGGUGGGUGAGCCCCAGAAUCAUGUGUCUCGAAGCCUCAAGCUACCACUGCUGGCAGGAGGGCCCCACUGGCCACCUGGGGGCUACCACGUUCAGUUGUGCCCUUGCAAAUUAAAGGACUGA